UUUACACCUUGCACACGGGGAGCAGGUGCACGCUGACACCAUGUGAAGUUAAUUAACACCUUUUCCCGUACUUUCUGGACAUUUUUAGACCUAGAGGCAGCUCCAUCAUGACUGCGACACAGACAGCGGGUGGCUUUGCUGCUCUCGAUGGCUUACCAAAGCCAUUUGUAAAUGCCAUGAGAACUCUCUUUGAUAUUAUGGAUGAUCAACGUACAGGCUACGUUAAAUUUUCAGAAAUAGAGAGAAGAUGGCAGGACGAUGGAACACAAGGAAUGCCGAGAGGUGUGUUAGGAAGCCUCCGUAAGGUGACUCCACCUGAUGGAUACCUGUCCUUUGAACGCUUUUGUGCAGGUUUACAGAUCAGCUUACUGCGAAAUAAGAUGGAUGACCCAUCUUCAAGUUCUUGUGGAAACAGCAUGCCUGCCAAACCCGGUCCUCCCCCAACCAAGUCUUCUUCCAUUUCCUCCAUGGGUCCUCCACCACCCUCCAAACCCUCCAUUGUUUCUUCCAUGGGGCCUCCUCCCCUUCCACAUUCUAGGCCACCUUCAGCACCUCUCUUGGAUGAAGAACAUUCAAAGCAACCCCGCACUAAUGCCAAUAUGCCCAGCAAUAUUAGAAGUAACAUAGGUGUUCCACAGCACCACCGUGCUGAGCGCACCAUGUCAAUGCCUCACCUUGAUGAACCCUUGAACCAACAUGAUGCUGCUCCAUUGCACCAGUAUGACCAUGCAGAUGUGCGAUCACAUGCUGGCAAACCUGACAUAAAGAUGGGAGUUGGUGGUAUCAUGGGUCAUUCUAAGUCUAUGGGCAAUAUGCAGGGACCCCCAAAACCACCCCGGGUAUUAGAGCGAGACAGAGGAACACACAGCUUGGACCGAAACCUCGAGAACAGAGGCAUCACAGACCACCCAAGAAUACCCAGUGACAUACGUGGAACACACUCAUUAGAGAGAGACCACUCAGAGAGGAAGUGGAGUCAUGAGAGACUUGAAAGACCACAUAGAGAAAGAGAACGUUCAGAUUACAUGGAAUUUCGCCGUGAAAGAGGUUCUAGUCUGGAGAGGUUGCUUGACCCUGAGGAAAAGGCAAACCAUGUUCCUCUUGGGCGUGCUGGUAUACGCUCGGCCUUGCAGACGUGGCACAAGGAGAGGAGCAAGGGAGACCUUGGAGACAACAACAACAACAACAAAAUCAUGCACGAAAAGGAAUUCAAGGAGCCAAGAGUUCAGGCAGUGGAACCCAUGGGCCGUGGAGUUGGUGAUGGAGGUGACAGCACAAGAGCAGCUGUAGUGAACCACUCUGAGCCUACUGCGCUCGCAGCUGCUGCUGCACCCUCUGCAACUGCCAUGGCUGCUGCAGCUCCUACCAAUAAGAGGUCCAGCAGAAGAAGAGAGCCAAGGAGACACACACUCCAGAACGGCAUUGACAACAAUAUGCUGCGGCGUUUGAAGCAACUAGAGGCUGAGAGAGACAUGUUGGUACAAGGUUAUGAGGUGGUUGAGAGAGCCAGAGCAUGGUAUAGACAGCAGCUCCAGGGUAUAACAGAGAGAAUUCAUCAGCUGCCACAUGGACCUCCAAAACAUGAACCCAGCAUUGAAGCCCAGCAAGAAAAGUUACACUUCCAGUUGGCACGUAUCCAUGAGGUAAAUGCCCACUUACAGGCCUUGAUGGAGGCCACUGAGCGAGGCCUCCCAACACACAUGAACCUGGCCAUCCGCCCCAUGUCGUCCGCCCUUCCACACACAGGAAACCUGGGUGAGGGAGCAACUGCCUCAUCCAGAUGUCAAGGAGCAGAAGCUGAAGACCAGGAUCGUGUAAUUGAUAGACUGAAGGAUCAGAACCACUUGCUCACUGAGGAAGUAAGCAACAAGAGUGAACGAAUCACUGCCCUGGAGCGAGAGAAGGCUGCCCUCCUCCGGGAGCUGUUCCAGUCACGGUCGUCACACCACCACCCACAGGUUGCCUCGGCAGAUUCGACAUUCAUGUGAUUUCCAUUCCAUCAUUCACCUUUGAAAGGCUCAACUACUAAGAAUAAUUCUAAAGUGCUUUAGGGUCAGUCAGGGAAACAUGUGAAGGACAAUCAGACCUUUUGCUUUGUGUUCUCAACUAAAACCUGGAUCUGCCUCAGCUGCCCCUCACAAGCUUGGCUGUUGUUUUUAUCUACAUAUUUUUAUUUUUAUUUAUUGUCUUCAUUUUAAAUAACAAAAUGUUACUUAUUCACAUUUGUUAAUGAGAUAUCUACCAGUUGAUUUGGUGUAUAUCACAUAUCAUACACGUAUGAUUUCUUUAAUUCUGUUAAUUACUGAUAAACAGUAAACCUCAUUUGUUGUUUUUAAAAUGGUUGCUUCAUUUUUAUAAAGUUGUUAUAGAUAUUGUUGUGAGACACUAGAUGCAAUACAUUUACUCUGAGUGAUAAACAGUUCAAAAAGCUUUAUAUAGACAUUCACCUUUACUGAAUGUCACUUAUUUGCCAUGUGAGUGGAGAUCAGGGAAUAUCCUAGCCAGUCAGUGCCAAGAUUGCAUUUAAAAGGUCUAUUUUCUACUUUCACAAGACUGACAGAAAAGGAAAUUAAUCAUAGUCAAGUGUUUAAAGAGUAUUGUUAUUCCAUGUGUGAAACUUCAAACAUUCCUCCCAUGAUCUCCAUGUACAAACAUUUAUUCUUAGGUUAGAGGCUUUAUUACUGAUAUAUUGACAGUGUGAUAAAUUACUACUGGUUUUGUUGAUUAUAUGAUUUAUAAAGAAUACUUCACUUUGUUUAUUCCACUGUUUAUGGUGUUCUAGUGAUUUCCCAAUAGAAUUUUGUGAAUCAUUCGACAUUUCUGCACAUGUUCAGUGCCAUUGUUAAGAUUACUUUAUAUAAAAUUGUGUAUGUGAUAUAUUUUAAGUGGCCACAAUCAUUUGUAUUUGAAUAAUUAUAAUGAUACCGAGUGCUGUUCUUCGUGGAGUUUUAACAGAAAAUAGGAUUAAUGGCUUUAAUGUUUAAAACCAAAUGAUGAUCACAUGCAAGAUCAGAGACUGUAUAAGGAAGAAAAACUAAAGAAGUAAAAUACGAUAAGACUUCUAUGCCAGUCACUUAGUCGAUAUUUUAUUUCCACUUCUAGUUAAUUAUCUAUUUGAUCUUUAAUAAUUUUGCAAGCAUAUAUGAUAAAACAUUCCAUAAAGGGAUUCUGACAUAGAGAGAGGUCAGAAUACAGGAUUUUUAAUUUCAUCCAUCCUUGUCACAUAACCAACAAGCUAAUUCUUAUUUUAAGAUUCUAAAUUAUCCUUUUUUCUAUAUGAUAUUUCAAGCUGGUUUCAAUUUAUUAAACAAAUGCUCUUCAUAAAAUGCAGGUUUAUUUCAAAACUAGCUUUCAUUUGGUAAUGCUUCUUACAUGAUUGCCAUAAAUACUUAUCAGUAUUUAAGACAAACUGCCUAGAAGAAUGCAAGUCAGUUUACGAUUUUUAAUAUCCUUUGCCAUAUACUGAAGAGAAUGUUAACUAAUUUCCUUAAAGAAAAGUAAGAUAAUGCUUUCAUGUAGUUUUGCAUCUUGUGUAACAGGUACAAAAUUAAGUGAUGCUGACUGACUGCCAACAAAGUAAUUGUGCUUAUAACACUUGCUUGCCGUCCAUAGAACUGUGAUUUUCAAAUAAAAUUGUUAUCAUAUAAA